CGCGGCGCGCGAAUACAAUUUGGCACAUUGCUUUGCGGGGCUCGGUCGUGUACAUAUAUACGCACACAGAUAAAUAACUCGAAUAAAUAUAUUACAAAUAAAAACACAAGUUAAACAUUAUACUAGAAAGUUUCAAAUAAAAUGUUUUCACCAUCAAAAUUACGAAUCAACACGAAGUUAUUUAAAAAAUUACUCGAUUUGCGAUCAUGUUACGAGUUGUCCAAGAUUCGAUACUCCGACGAUAUUCCGGAAAUACUGAAGUUCUACAGCGACACGCCCGCGUCCUGCCAACUGGACAAGUAUCCCAAGUUAACUGAGGACGACUACACAAGGUUCAUUACCAAGAAAGCUAUGAAGAGGGAACCAGCUGAUACAAGGCAAAUAACGAAGUUGGCGUACAAGUUGGGCAAGCAGGUGAUCUCGCUGGCGGAGGGCAUGCCCAACGAGGAGAUGUUUCCAUUCGCGCGUCUGCAGCUGAGUACCAAGACGGGCAAGGACCUCGUGCUGGAGGGUAGCGAGCUCGCCGCCGCGCUCCAGUACAUGCCCUCGCAAGGGUACCCGGCGCUGUUGACGGAGCUGCGGUCUCUGCAACGAGCUCUGCACCGCGCGCCUGACACUCACGAUGUGCUGGUCACCAACGGCGCUCAGCACGCUAUCUACCAGUGCGCUGACAUGCUGGUGGAGCCCGGCGACCCUGUGCUACUCAGCGAGUACACAUACACCGGCGCACUCUCUGUGCUGAGACCAUACGAUCCUGAACUGAUCCUAAUCCCAGAAGACGAGAGCGGGAUAGUGCCCGAAACGCUGGAGUCGGUGCUGGAGAGUCGGCUGAUGCGGGGCCUGAAGAUGCCCAAGCUGUUGUACGUGGUGCCCACCGGUAGUAACCCAACAGGCCUCGUCAUCCCUGAGCACAGGAAGAAGCAGAUCUACGAGUUGGCCUGCAGAUACGACUUUCUUAUCUUGGAGGACGAUCCUUACAUGUUCUUUAAUUAUACUGGAAUACGCACACCUUCCUUCCUCUCGAUGGACGUGUGCGGGCGUGUGUUGCGGCUGGACUCCGCCAGCAAGGCGUUCAGUGCGGGCCUGCGCCUGGGCUGGCUCACCGCGCCCGCUCCCCUCGUCGCCCGCGCCGAACUGCACUCGCAGGCUGAGCUGCUGCAUCCCUCCACACUAUCUCAGGCAAUAAUCCUGCGCGUGUUGUCUGACCGCGCCGCGCUGGCCGAGCACGCUGCGCGCGCGCGUGACUUCUACCUGGCGAGACGCGAUGCGCUGGGUGAGGCCCUGCAAGUGUUGCGCGGGCUGGCUGACUGGACACCUCCGCAGGCCGGCAUGUUCUACUGGCUGAGGGUGCACGGAGUUGAUGACGUUUACGAUAUGGUCUUCCACCGCGCGCUGUCCCGCGGCCUGCUGUUGGUGCCGGGUCAGGCGUUUAUGUUUGACUCCGCGCAACGCUGCAGUCACCUGCGCCUUACAUUCAGCAAACUGCCGCUGCACCUCAUGCCCGAGGCGGCGCUGCAGCUGCGUGACGUCAUAUUGGAGGAGCACAAAGUGGCAGAGCCGAGACGCCGCGCUGCCGCGCCACCUAGAAGCAGGUAGCGACAUUAAUACACUCAAGAAUUUUUUUAUAAAUACAUAUUGUUAUUUCGAUUUCUUAUAAGAUAUUGUAAUGCUUUGCUAAAAUCUUUUAAGCAUGUUAAGCACAAAGUGCUCCAUUUAUUUUUAUCGCAAUCACAAUCGUAUUUCGAAUUAUUACAUUCAGAAUAAUUUGUGAAUGAUUACAAACAGAACGUACUUACUAUCCGUAUGGUGAUACUAGUUACUAAAUAAGUUUUUUUUUAAUUUACAUUUUAUAGAGUUAUUACGAAGUACCUUAUGAUAAAACAUAACAUAUAUUUUAAGUUUUGGAGACGAAAAAAAUACGAACCGAAAUUUUUACCAGAUUAUGUCGAGAUUUACCAGUGUUUAAUGCGAAAGUGCCAUCUAUCGUCGCCAUUAUUAAUCGUUACAAAGUUUUUUUUUGGAAUUUGUACAUAGAAUCUUUUUAAAUAUCAAUUCAAUUAAAAAUAAACUUAUAGUAAUAAGUUAUAUGAGCACAUUGAAAAUUUAUAAUUGUACAUUAUUUUCUUCAAAUUGUAUCCGCUACUCAACACUAGAUGUCGCUGAAAAGUUUAGAACUAAAAGCUUACCAACGGAAAAUGAUGCAGCCCGUGUAAAGUUGUUAUCUUAAAAUUUUGAAUUGAGCGGAAAAUAUUAUAUACCACAAUCAAUAGUUUGCUUUAUGUACUUAACGCAAUUAUUUGUAUAAUAUAUUAUGUAAGUAUGUUUAAUUAGUAUUUAUGUUGAAAGAGUUUCAAAAUGUAAAUGAACCUUAAACUAUUAAAGUGGUUGUA